ACGUAAACGUCUGUUUCGAGCUACUCUUUGUGAGAGACUUUUAUUGUAUAUGACCCGGAAGUGAAUUGUAUCCACCCAUACGCACGUUGGUAGCAAGCAUGGCUCCAGGUGGGAAGAUCAACAGACCAAAAACAGAAUUAGGGAAGAAGCUUUUCAAGAGGCGGAGGGUUGUGACAAAGCAGAAGCGGAAGAAGCAUCGCAUUGUUGGAGCAGUGGUGGAUGAAGGUCUCAUAACAAAACACCACCUGAAAAAGAGGAGCACCAGCUCCAGGGCGAACAUCACGCUGUCUGGGAAGAAAAGACGAAAGUUGCUGAAACAACUGCGCCACAUGGAGAAAGAAAAAGCAGGCAUGGAAGUUGAAGUUGCACCACAGAAAAAAACAACUCCUGCUGACAAGAAGAAGGAGAAGAAAAAUGGCGGUGACAUGGAGAUGAUGGAUAUGGAUUAAAGGAGCUAUAUGGACAUUUUUAAAGCUGCUAUUUUCCUAAAUGUAGACUGUAGAGGAUCUGCACAUGAAACAUCUAUGCCUUUUGAAAAUGCUUGUUUCACAGUGAUUAUUGUGAUAAUGUUCAGAUGAACUGAAAGGAUUUCAAAUUUGUAAAAUACAUUACUUCAUAAGCAGUCUUAAAGCUUUUCAUAUUCUCAUCUGAAUUCUUUCUGCAUGUCAGAGCUGGUCUUAUGAGACAAUCUUCAUACAGUAUAUUGAUAAAACAAAAAUUACAGAGCAACUUCAAGCAGAACAGAAAAUACAGUUUAAGAAAGACAUGAGGAGAUAAAUGGAUGGAUGAUAUUGACUAGACAAACAGUUUUAUGACAUUAGUGUGUUGGAGCAUUUAUUUGAACCAGUUCAAACUUUCAUUACACUCACCAAGUCUCGUUUUCUGACCAAGCUCCAGUUUCUCAAAAUCUUUUUGUUAUCUUAUUUGGUUUUAUGUGGUGUGGCGAAUUACAAUAAAUUUCAGCUGAAUGUUUA